AUGGUGUUGGCAUUGCUACAUUCUCGAAUUCCCUACGAGUCUACGACACUGCCUGUGCGAAAACGUCUCGUCGGUGUCUCUCCCAAUAUGAAGUCGACGAGUACAAUGCUAUGCAUCCUGGCCCAAGUUUUGUUCUUGGCCCCGGUGUGUUCACCAGGAGGCAUCCGCCGUCCAGUUGAUACCACUUUCAGCUCCCUGGGGUCCAAGCUGUCCGAGGAUGCCGACAUAUAUUUCCCGGGCUCGGACGGCUUCGGAAACGGCACGGGCACUUGGGCAGCCAAGAAGCCCCAGCUGGACGCCUUGGUCAGGGUGGCGGCGGAGGAGGACGUUCAGAUCACGAUCCGGUUCGCCAACGCGUUGAACAGGCCGUUCCUUGCCAUCACAGGCGGCCACGGCGAGACGUGGAAUCUCGGCAACGUCAGGAACGGAAUCGGUAUCUCGAUGCGAGGCAUGGCGUACGUCCACGUCGCCGACGACGGUAGGAGCGCGACAAUCGGCGGUGGGACCCAGUCGGGCGAGGUGAUCGCGGCACUAUGGUCCAGGGGAAAGCAAGCCGUCGCCACAGCGUGUGACUGCGCCGGGAUUAUCUCUCCCAUGCUCGGUGGGGGCCACGGUUGGCUUCAGGGGCAGCAUGGCCUGUUGACUGACAACAUCCUCUCGGCGCGUGUCGUGCUCGCCGACGGGACCGCCGUGACUGCUUCCCCAACGGUGAACAGUGACCUCUUCUGGGCACUCCGGGGUGCCGGCCACAAUUUUGGAAUCGUGACCUCGGUGGAAUACCGUAUCUUUGACGUCGAGCCGGGACAGGGCCGGCUGUGGGCAUACGAGGAGUACGUCUUCAAGCAGGAUAAGCUGGAGGCGUUGUUCGGGUGGGCGAACGGGCUGCUGCAAGGUGAUACGGAGUCGCCGCGGCCAGUCGAGCUGGCACAUUAUGGGCACUUCGAAUUCCGCCCCGACAUUGACCCUGAAAAUCCAAUCAUCGUGUUCUGGCUUAUUUGGCAGGGCCGCGGGACCAUUCCACCAGCGUAUACAGAUCGUGUUCGCGCCCUGCUUCCCGUAAGCAUCAAAGCCGGCACCACGGACAUCACGGGCAUGAACGCCGUAGCAGGCGCAGCGUAUGGCACGCCAGCUUGUGCGAAGGGGUCACUCAGCGCGAUGCUGUUCGGCGUUUCACUGAAAAGAUGGAGCAUUGCGGGCCUGCGGGCGACGUUGGACAUCUACAGCACCCUCCCGCCAGAGCUGCGCAACUCUUUCGUCCUCCUCGAGGCGUAUUCGACGAGGGGAGUUGAGGCUGUCUCUGGUGACGAAACUGCGUACCCGGACCGUUUUAAUCAGAUCCUGGCUAGCCCGGCAAUGUAUUACCAGCCGGGGAACGCCAGCCUGGACGAUAUUGCGGCCGAUUUUGGAGGGAGAAUGAGGUAUGCUUUGUUCAAUGGUAGCGGGCAGCCUCUGCAUGCAUAUGUGAAUUACGCACACGGUGAUGAAAGCCUUGGGGCGCUGUACGGCUAUGAGGAUUGGCGCCUGUGGAGGCUGAGCAGGCUCAAGGCUAAGUAUGAUCCCUUUGGAAAAUUUGGGUUCUAUGCACCCAUCAACCCUGGAAUUCCAGGAAAGCUCGGAGAAGGACCAGCCCCUUGA